AUGACGGGCAAACAAGGCGCGGUGUUGUCGGGAACUUUGAACCCCGUGGAGACGAGAAAAGCUCCUCUGGGUGUCAAUGGAGGCAACGGCAUCAACAACCAGCAGCAGCCGGCCAAGGCCACCGUCAUCCAUCCGCCCAGCAGGUGCACGGGCUUCGGCAUCCAGGAGAUCCUGGGGCUCAACAAGGAGCCGUCCGCGGCCCCGAGGAGCCCGCUCAGCUCCUUGCCGGCCGGGGCGCACCUCAUCGCGGCCAGAUCUGUGCUGGGACACGCCGGUGUGGGUGUCGGGAUGGGAUUAAUCGGCACCGCUGGGAUUCCGGCGUUUUACAGACAGCCCGCGUUUUUGGAGGGAGUGCUGGACCCGCAAGACGUUCGCCUACAGCCGCACAACACCUCCUCUGCGGGGGGGAUGGAUGCAGGACAGUCUGCAAGCUCGGACUCUGAAGAUUUGUCUUCAAGUGAAAGAAAAGUGUCCAAGUCUUCAAUAGCUCAGAGCAAGAAACGCAAGAAAAGACGUCACAGGACCAUAUUCACGUCGUAUCAGUUGGAGGAGUUGGAGAAGGCCUUUAAUGAGGCCCAUUAUCCUGACGUGUACGCACGAGAGAUGUUGGCCAUGAAAACAGAAUUGCCUGAAGACAGAAUACAGGUGUGGUUCCAGAACCGUAGAGCCAAAUGGAGGAAGAGAGAGAAGUGCUGGGGUCGUAGCACUGUCAUGGCCGAAUAUGGUCUCUACGGGGCAAUGGUCAGACAUUCCAUCCCACUACCUGAGUCCAUCCUCAAGUCGGCUAAGGAUGGCAUCAUGGAGUCCUGUGCCCCCUGGUUGCUAGUUCAAGAUGGCUUACCGAUCAACAGACGCUAUUCUAAAUCUGAAUACCCGCAACUCUUUGCAGGGAUGCACAAAAAGUCCAUGGAGACUCCGCCGCCCCCUCAGCCGGCGGCCGCCAAGUGCGACGAGUCGCCGCCGCCGCCUAGCUCUCGGCGGACCGAAGACUCUGAGCCGGAGGAGAGGAGGUCGAAGGGCGAGUUGGCCAUUUCUAAAGAGGAACUGAGAGAGAACAGCAUCGCAGCCCUCAGGGCCAAAGCGCAGGAGCACAGCGCCAAAGUGCUCGGGACAGUGCGUCACGACAGACUGGAUGAGGACGAACGGGAGAAAACCUCUACUCCGCGUAGUCCCGCGGAUGACAGGCACAGCCCGUAA